AUGAUGAUUAUGCGCGGCACCAUCAUUGCUCUAUCAAGUGCUCUUGCAUCCGCAGCACAAAUUCGGACCAGAGUAAUCAAGGCUGAGCAAGGCGGAAACAUCGGCGGUGCGACAUUCGAUUAUGUCAUAGUAGGAGGCGGAACCGGAGGUCUGACAAUCGCUGCACGUCUCGCCGAAGUCGCUUCAGUCGCGGUCGUAGAGGCAGGCGGCUACUACGAGAUUGAAUACGGCAAUGCCAGUGUUGUACCACUCUAUUCGCUCACUAAGAUCGAUGUCAUCGACCCGUCCGAAAACUUCCCGCAUAGGCCCGAGAUCGAUUGGGAGCUUACUACAGUGCCACAAGUAAAUGCCAACAAUCGCACUAUUCACUAUGCCCAGGGCAAGACCCUUGGUGGGUCCUCAGCGCUCAACACCAUGUCUUAUGUUCGAUCUUCGGCAGCUGCGUAUGAGCGAUGGGCAAACAUUGUUGACGAUGAUAGCUACAAGUUUGACAAGCUGCUCCCGCACUUCAAAAAGUCCGUGCGCCUUACGCCACCAAAUCUGCAGAAGCGAAACGCUUUGAAUGCUACGCCAGAGUAUGAUUCGAGUGUGUACGGGAACGGCGGCCCACUAGACGUGUCGUGGAACAACUGGGUUGAUCCGUCGAUCACAUGGCUGGCGAAGGCAAUGCAAGCGGUGGGCAUGAACAUCAAUCCAAAAGGUUGGAGCGCUGGAAACUUGAAUGGUGGCUCAUGGGUCCCUUCGACUAUCGAUCCGGCACGUGCGACACGAGAAUCUGCUGAGACAAGUUUCCUUCAAUAUGCACUGGCGAACACAUCACUUAAGGUUUAUUCCCAUAGCAUUGUUGCUAAGAUCCUGUUUGAUGGGGAUUCGGCGCGAGGAGUUAAGGUUGCGACGAAUGGUACGACAUAUGAGCUUUCGGCGAGGAAGGAGGUCAUCGUCAGCGCCGGAACAUUUCACUCUCCGCAGUUGCUGAUGGUUUCGGGCAUUGGUCCCAAGGCCACUCUCGAUCAGUUGGGUAUUCCAGUAAUCGCUGACCUCCCCGGAGUGGGCCAGAACCUGCGUGACCCAAUCUCCAUCGGAACCAGCCAUCUCGUUAACACAAUUAGCAGUCAAACAAUCACAUCCAACCCUAUCACUGAGCCUGAAGCUCUCCGCCAGUAUGAAGAAGAAGCCGCAGGUCCAUACAGCUCGGCCGCAGGAUGGAUAGCAUACGAGAGACUGACAAGCAAGCUGAGAAGCACACUCCCGCAGAGCACUCAAGAGAAGCUAGCUGCACUAAGUCCUGACUCACCCGAACUAUCGUUCAUUGCUGGAGCGUUCGCUCUUCCCAAUGGAACUUCGCAAGGAGCCAUGAGUGCAAUUAUCUGCAACACCUUUUCCAAGGGGAGCGUUUCCAUCCGAAGCGCGAACAUCUCGGAUCAGCCCAUCAUCGACCUUGGAUGGCUCUCAAACCCGGCUGACACCGAUGUACUCAUCGCUGGCAUCAAACGGUUGCGUCAAAUCUGGGCGUCUGAAACCGCGCGAAAUAUCACGCUGGGGGCUGAAGUGCGUCCCGGAGAAGGUGUUUGUACAGAUGCAGAGUUGCUGGAGUAUGUCAAAGCAAACGCUCAGCAGAUAUGGCACCCCAGCUCGACGUGUUCGAUGGGAAAGAACGACGACAAGAACGCUGUAGUAGAUUCAGAGGCACGAGUGUUUGGGGUGAAGAAGUUACGGGUGGUAGACUUCUCCAUUGUACCGUUGUCGAUUCCGGGACACCCGCAGGCAACGGUCUAUAUGCUUGCUGAGAAGAUCGCUGAUGCCAUCAAGCGCGGCUGA